AUGGCCACGUUUCAGUCGGAGCAGGCGCAAGGCAAGCUGCUGUCCAGGUUUCACAUGCCUUCGAAGCGCAAGGUGCCGGGCGAGAGCAGUGCGCCGCCGCAGCCUGCGCCUGAGGCGCCACCCGCGCCGCUCGCUCCGCCUACGCACGAGCCGAGCUACUUGUGCCAAUGGCGCACGCCGUCGAUGCGGAAGCACAAGACGUGGGAAGGCGACGCGGUGCUUGUCCUGCAUGGGAACGGCACGACAUGUUCGCUUCGCAGCGUGCACGACGGCAAGCUGCUUGUCACCAACGCCGCGUUUCGACGCCCAGGCGUGCGGGACGGCGACGAGCUUUACGUGGGCGGAAAGGAGAUUUUAAUUGAGCGCAGUAUGGACCCUGUGGCAGAGCAGGAGGACGCGCCGAAGCAUGUAGCCGUGAAGCGUGUGUGUCGCGGCGCGACGCCCGUGUCGCAGUUUUAUGCACCUGCGCAAAAGCCAAGCGACGCGCCGCUUGCGCGCCGUAUGGUCCAGGAGCCGCACGCGCGGUACGACGCAAACGCGCCCGGCGCGAUUGUCAUGACACGCCCCAACGAAGAGCACAGAGCGCUCUAUGGCCGUGGAAUGCCGGUGGUCGACGUCGUGCUCGAGCCUGCCUUGACGCGCGUUUUACGGCCCCACCAAAUCGACGGCGUGCGUUUUCUGUACGAAGCGGCGAUGGGCAUCACUUCGCUGAAACAAGGCGAUGCGCUGCGCGGCCAAGGUGCGAUUCUUGCCGACGAAAUGGGUCUCGGCAAGACGCUGCAAACGAUAACCUUGAUCGUCACUCUCCUGCGGCAAAACUGCUAUUUCUCCUCUGUCACAGCCGGCACGAUUGAGAAAGCACUCGUGGUGUGUCCCCUUACGCUUGUCAUGAACUGGAAACGCGAGUUUCGCAAAUGGAUUGGGCGCAGCUCCAUUGGUGUCCUUGCCGUCGAGGGCGACGGCCGCAACGAAGUGGAGCGCUUUGUGAGCGGGCGGCAGUACCAGGUUUUGAUUAUUGGGUACGAGCGCCUGCGCAGCUGUGCAAAACAGCUCGCCAAGACGACGCCACCGAUUGGGCUCGUGGUGUGCGACGAGGGCCACCGGCUCAAGUCUAAAGAUACCAAGACGGCCAAGUGCUUCGACCUGUUCAAGACCAGCAGGCGGAUCCUGCUCACCGGCACGCCGAUCCAAAACGACUUGCGCGAGUUUUAUACCAUGGUCGAUUUUGUAUACCCGGGCAUGUUUGACCAGUACUCGGUGUUCAAGCGCGUGUUUGAAGACCCGAUCAUGCGCAGCCGAAUGCCGCACGGCUCGCCAGAGGCCGCUGCGCUGGGCCGCGCGCGCAGCCAUGCGCUUCAGCUUGUCACAAAAGGCAUCAUUCUGCGGCGCACCGCCGAGAUUUUGUCCAACUAUUUGCCGCCGAAGCACGAAAUGGUGCUGUUCUGCACGCCCUCGACCGUCCAGCGCAAAAUUUACGGCAUGUUUUCCGAGUUUGUCAACCACCAGCUUGUGUUUGGCGAAGAGCGCAACUACCUGCCGUACAUUACCCUCAUGCGGCAGCUGUGCAAUUCGCCCGAGUACCUCCGUGCUUCGCUCACGGAUCCGCCGAGCGAUUCUGCAACGCAGCCGCUACUCCAAGCGGGCGAAACCUUGCUGCGCACCGCGUCCAGUGGCCACGAUCUCAACAUGCGGCUCGUGCGUGAGAGCGGCAAGCUUUCUGCUCUGCACGCAUUGCUCACGGCCAUCCGGAAAGAGACCAAUGACCGCGUGAUUGUGGUGUCCAACUUUACCGCGACACUGGACUUGCUGCAGACGUACUGCAACGCACAAAAGUUUCCUACCUUGCGGCUGGACGGCAAGACAAAGCAGGAGAUGCGCACAAAGCUAGUCAAUCGAUUUAACAGGACGAGCGAGGAGAGCAGCGAGCAGGACCCUUUUGUCUUCCUUCUCAGCUCCAAGUCCGGCGGCGUGGGCCUCAACUUGAUCGGCGCGAACCGUCUCGUACUGUUUGACAGCGACUGGAAUCCAUCCACGGACAAGCAGGCGAUGGCAAGGAUUCAUCGCGACGGGCAAAUGAAGCCUUGCUUUAUAUAUCGUUUGCUCCUCGUCGGCACCAUGGACGAAAAAAUAUACCAGCGGCAACUGACCAAGAUUGGGCUCAGCGAUGCGCUCAUGGGCACUGAAGCGCAGUCUGCCCAGGAAUCCGCUGCGGCACGCGACUCCUUUUCGUUGGAGGAGAUCAAAGACAUCUUUACGCUCCAUACCAACACCCAGUGCCUCUCGCACGACCAGCUUCGGUGUUCGUGUGGUGGAGAAGGUACCGACCCACACAAGCAUAUUGAGAUGGAAGAGGAUCAGGCGGAGAUUCCACACAGCACGCGCCCAGGCUUUGUCCGCGCAUCGGUACUGCAGCAAGAGACGCGGUUCGAAAAGGACAAGCGCAGAAAGCUUGCCAUGCAGCUGGGCGAUAUGCGGCACUACGACUUUCGGCGGAGGCACGACGCGCUUUCGCACGAUCCUACUUUGCAGCAGAUUGGCACUAUUCAGCACACGGAAUGGAGCGCAGCAGGUACGCCGUGUCAGGAGGACGAGGCGUCUACGACACUUGUGCCGCAUGCUGCGGAUACCCCUAUUUUGCCGCGUCUUGUGGAGAAAUAUACAAAACUUGGAGAGCACGGAGAGCUACAAGGGGGACUCAUUUCCUAUGUAUUUCUCAAAGGGCCUGGCAUCGUGUCCGAGCAAGCAGAGGCUGCGAGCGACGUAGAAGUGUAG